AUGGCCCAACGAGUAACCCUUCGAAAGCGCCAACCAUACAACACCACCUCCAACAGGAGAAGGGUAGUGAAAACCCCCGGUGGAAAAUUGGUCGUUCACCACCUCAAGAAGGUUGCUUCCGCCCCCAAAUGUGGUGAUUGUGGAAUCGCUCUCGCUGGUAUCCCCGUUCUCCGACCUCGACAAUACGCUACUCUCUCCAAGAGACAAAAGAGCGUAAACCGAGCUUACGGUGGUUCCGUCUGUGCUCCUUGUGUCAAAUCUCGAAUCACCCGAGCAUUCUUGAUCGAGGAAGCUACCAUCGUCAAGCGAGUUCUCAAGGCCAAAGCCGCUUCAGCCAAGAAGUAA